UUUGAUGAUUAUUAAGCAUCUCCUAAGUAAUUCACGUUUUUUCUCAAAUGCUUCUUGAAAGAAUAUGAAAUCUUUAAAUGAAAUGGAGUAAUAAAAUAAUUCAUUUCUUAUUUACUCAAGUCUGGACCAGGACAAUCAAGUCGCUCGGUCUGUCACAAAAAUCUUCAAGGAGAAACUGGAUAAUGAAGGACAUAAUUGGAAGUCUGUUACACCAGAGACAAAAGAUUUCUAUUGAGAAGAGUUUAAGGUAAAGUUAUAGUACUAAUUAUCAUUUUAAUAAUGGAAUUUGUACAUUUUAAAUUUCUGUUGUAUCAAUCUUGUAUUUCAUCUGUUCUGUGAGCAUUCCAGAAAAUACUGGUUUGGGGCUUGUGACAUCUCUGAUUUGAUUAAUACUAGGGUGGGUAGCCAAACAAAAUUUGGUUAGUAGUCUUCAAUGUCGAGAUGUAUAGGAGAUAUCGGAUAAUUAUGAUGAACUAAUAAAUAAAUGCAUUAAAAGUAUGCUUUAGUUGGCUAUGGAGAAUGCAGUUCUUUGCUUUGUUAGUUUCUAGACAGAUAAUUUCAAUAGUUCGACCUAAAAUGUGGGAGAAAUCAUGAUAUCGUGAAUGAGCUCCUAAUUAUUUCAUCUACUGCUAUUAAUUCUAUCGGAAUUAGACCGUUAUCCAUCUCUUACAUCUUUGAGAAACCUUGUAAUCAUGAUUAAGUCCUUAUAGUUUGUCAUAUUGGUGCUUUUUUCUUCAGAAUCCCCUUCUGCUGAGUACAUAUAUGAUACAUUUAUCAGAAUUUCACGAUACUUGAAUUCCUCUCAUUGCAAUAUUUUAUUUUUGUUGCAUAAUUAGGGGAAAAAAUUAUAAUCCAUAUAUAUAACAGUUUUUAUAACGUCCAAGACUUCUUAGUUAUAGUACUUUUAUGUUGCUAUAAAUACCUACACAUCAGUAAUGCAAGAUAAAAGGAUGAAAAUAGAAAACUUAAUACUUUAAUAUUAUACUAGUUAGUUUCCCUUUCUGCCAAAUGUACAAAUGUCAUGAAGUAACUAAUGCAUUAAUUAUUUUAAGAUCUCAUAUUUCCUUCAACUUCCGGAAUAUACAUAUGUUGAAUUUUAUAGGUUCUGGUCCAAGCAUCGUCAUUUAUCAAGUACCUUGAUAGAGCAAUUCUAGGACUGCUAUGUCCUGCGGCACCAGUGUCCGAGAAGAACUAGGGAAAAUUUAUAAUGACCACAACAGUAAAGAUGGAAUAAGCAUAAACUUUUGAUCCCAUAUGUUGAUAAUAAUUGUCUCGCAAAGGUUUUUUCUAUCUUGAGGGAUCACAGUUCUUUCUUAAUAUUUGGUUGGUGAUCUCUGUUUUUAACUUGAUUUCUAGAUCAGUAAUUUUUUUUCUUUAGCUAGGCUAGAAGACCCUUCUCAUUUCUUUUAGAUAUUUGGAGCUAUUCUUUUUUUUUUCAAAUAAGAUCGAUAAUAUUUGGAGUUCCCUUUAUCUUUCUUGAGCCGAGGAUCUACUAUACUGGGUAAGUUGUCGUUGUUGUUGUUGUUAUCAAUAUCUUGUAUUAUUUUUCAUUUGAUCUUCUCAAACAGAAACAAUUUCAAUGGGACACUGCAAUUGAAGGUGCCAUAAAGGAUAAGUUUAUGAGCAAAUGUGCAGAACGAUACAAGGGUAUGUUAUCUGAAGUAAGAGCUUGUGAGAAGAAGCGCAAACAUAUUCCAGUAUCUAUUUGGGAGAGCUGGAAGCCUCACUGGGAAACUGAGGCUUCUAAAUCUACGUCUGCGCAAUGCUCAAGGAAUCGACUAAGUGAAAAAGGUGGUGAAGGGUAUGGUCCCUCACGCCAUACAAAAGGCUCCAGAGCUCACCGAGAACAUGCAAGACUACUAGUAUAUUCAUUUUUCUUUAGCCAAGUUAGAAUAUCUCCAAAGCUAGUGAUUAUGUAUUAAUAUAGUGAACUUGAUUUUCAAUUUUAGGCUAAAGAACUAGGAAGACCAGCCCAUCCACAUGAGCUUCUGAAGAAGACACAUGUCAAGGCGAACAAGGAGUUUGUGGACUAGAAAUCUAAGAGCACAUAUGAUACCAUAAUGUCGAAAAUUGCGUCUGCAUCUCAGCCUGAAGAUGGGUCCAGUGAACCUCCUGAAGUUGAUUACUCACAAAUUUAUUUGGAGGAAGUCGGUGUUAAGAAGACGCGCAUUUAUGGUCUUGGUUCUCAAGCUCCUUUCUAUGGGCAUGUUGGUGCAUCCUCCAGUUCGAUAUCUCCACUUCAAGAUAUAGACUUUAAUGCUCAGGUGAAUGAAUGUGUCGGGCAUCGUUUGCAAGAAAUUAAGGAAGAGAUGAAGCAUGAGAUGAGAUCAAAGAUCAGACAAGAGAUUAGACAAGAAAUGAGAGAAGAAAUGCGAGAAGAACUGCGUGAAGAAAUGAGACACGAAAUGCAACAAGAGGUGCGUGAGCAAGUUGAUCUACUACUCCAAAAUCGUCUGUCUGUCCUAAUAGGUGGCUUACCUACACCGCCUUCUCGUAGACAUGACUCGUCGUCAAAUGACACGAUUUAGAUUUAUUUUAGCUUCUUUUAUGUUAGACACGUCUUGGAUUCUUGGA